AAUAUCUUUGACAUCCACAACUCCAGCAUCGUCUGCAAAGGCCGUAAUCCGCGUGGUACAGACAUCCAAUACGUGCAGUCUUUCUCUUCUUGGGCCCUCGAAUAACGAUAUCACGAUAUCACGAUAACGACAUAUUAAAUAUCUUACAUCAGACUUACCACCUACUCGUUCUAAUAAUAUACCAAUUCCGACCAUGUCGCAGCGGUUCUAGGAAGACCGUGCGGGAAGAAAGAGGACGAAGAAGACGGCCGUGGUCGACUACGAAGCUAUGACCAACGAUAACGUUCCUGGUAACACCGUCGGCGGUGGAACUUCGAGGUGGUUGCCACGACCCGCUCGCGCACCGUCGAGGAGUAAGCUACGUAAUGGCACUUGGGUUGUACCCAGCACCGGCGAACGUACUCGUCGUCAAUUUACCCUUCGAUAUCCCCGCCUCGAUGGCUCCAGCGACGACGACAACUUGCGCCCCCUCACCGAGGGUAGCACAAUGAAAGACAAGGCUCGGAAUGCGUGGCACAAUGCUCGAGUGACGGCUAGCAAGCUAUGGGCGUGGUCAAAAUCCCCCAAGGGACGAGGCACUAUUAAAUGCUCUAUUGCAUACCUGCUGGCUAGCAUGGGAACCUUCUGGCAGCCUGCUGCUGCCUUUCUAGGUCCGAUGGAUGGGAAGCAUAUCGUCGCCACAAUCUCUGUUUAUUUCCACCCGGCAAGGUCGGCGGGCUCGCAGAUAGAAGCGGUUGCCAUAGCUGUCGUCGCUGUGUGUUAUGCCAUGUUCAUCGGAACUUUGUCCAUGGCCACUUCGGUCCUCUUCGGUUCCGUGUUAGACAUGGUAGAACUCUCCUAUGCCUUAGUACUCAUCAUCUUCAUCGGAGGUGGCUUAGGUUUUGUCGGGUGGGUUAAGCAGAAAUUGAAUAACCCGCUGGUGAGCGUUGGUGCCAGUAUAGCAUCCAUCGGCAUCAUCACCAUCGUGACAAAGGAAAACUCGGUCCAUACUGGUGUCUUCACGAACCAGAAGAUCAUACAGUCGCUCAAGAUCCUGCUUAUGGCCACCACAAUAUCAACCUUGGUCAACAUGCUCAUCUGGCCCGUCUCCGCGAGGUUGGCAUUGCGCAAAUCCAUGCAAAGUGCUUCCACUUCACUUGGCGCUAUGCUGUCUAUGAUAGCAAGCGGGUUUUUGAGUGGCGCUGAAGAGGAUUUCACCUCGUGCGAAUUUACAAAAGCAUCGUCUACGUACACCUCAAAUUUGACGCAGAUGAAUAAGAACGCGCGAGAAUCCAAAUACGAGUACUAUUUCUUGGGACAGGAACAAAUAUAUAAACAGGACAAGGCUGUAGUAAAGUCGAUGGAGAACCUUGCCCAAUCCCUGGGAGGGCUGAGAAGUGCGGCUAACACCCAAUUUGAGCUUCUCAAGGAAGUAUCCAACGGAAACCUGACUGCCAGCCCGGCCGUCUCGCCUACUACGAAUCCCGUUUCCCCAACGUUUGGUCGGUCUUUGUCAGCGAUGUUGAAAAGUGGCAGUAAUAGGGUUAGCUCCCUUAGUGCCAUAGACGAGGCACCCGAUGAACGUAGCGAUCGAGAAGAUGAGCCGACUCCUACGCAAGAAAUGCCGUUCGCUAUUUUGUCUCCAUCGGGUGCGGCCUUGAGGACGCCGUCUGAUAUCUUCGAAUUGUUCAUCGCUCGUCUUGGGCCAUCUAUGAAAUCACUAGUGCACACCAUGGCAGAAAUGCUUAAAGAGCCGCCGUUUGGUGUUCCUGGCUCGCCUAUCACAAUCAACGAACGAUUCAAGCAAAGUCUCUCGGAUGCAACCAGUCUGUAUAAUCAAGCAAGGGGUAAUGCCCUCGAAGAAAUCUAUAAGACUAUCGAGUUAGGCAGGACCAGAUCCGAGUCCGUUCAGGCAGACUUCGAGGAAGUUGCCGCAGCUUGCGGUCACUUCUCAUUCAGUCUGCUAAGUUUUGCGGACGAGAUGCAGAUUUACCUUGAUACACUAGACGACUUGAGGGAUGCCGUAGAACAAGACAAUCGGACUUGGAAGUGGUUGAUGUUUUGGAAGCUCAUUAAGUUCCCGUCAAGAAAUAAGAACGACGAUGUGGAACAGUUGUCUUUGCUCAAACCAGUUAGGCGAUUAAGGCAGUCUAAGAUGCCCAAAGGCAUUCCUGAUGCGAUGAAAAACAGGCGUGGCACUCUCAACUGGGAUACGGUACCGCAAGGUGAGGGUAUAUGGGACCAUAUUGUUCGAGCUACGUCUCGAAAUCUCUUGAAGUUCUUCAAGUUUCUCGCAAGGGAUGACAUCCGUUUCGGCCUUAAAGUUGGCAUUGGCGCUACUUUGUACGCCAUGUUUGCUUUCAUCCCUCAAACGCGACCCGUAUAUGCCCACUGGCGAGGAGAAUGGGGUCUAUUGUCUUUUAUGAUCGUAUGUUCAAUGACCGUUGGUGCCGCGAACGCUACUGGUAUGGCUCGUUUCACCGGUACCAUUAUGGGUGCUGCCUUUGUCCUUGUCAAUUGGUGGAUAUCUAAUGGCAACGCCGUUGCGCUCGCUUUCCUCGGUUGGGCCGUCUCCUUUGGCGCGUUCUACAUAAUGGUUGAUCGCGGUAAUCCGGCGUUCGGUCGCUUCAUAUUACUAAGCUACAACGUAUCGUCAUUAUACGCAUACUCCCUCACGCAGCAAGUCGACGACGACGAUGACGAUGAGGGCGGCAUCCAUCCCAUCAUUGGAUCUAUCGCUUACCACAGAGUUGUUGCGGUCUCUGUGGGUAUUGUCUGGGGCCUUAUAAUCUGCCGUCUGAUUUGGCCUAUGCCAGCUCGUCAGAAGUUUAAGGAGGGUUUGGCCGUUCUGUAUCUUCAGAUGGGCCUCGUAUGGAAGCGAGGCCCGUUGGCUGUUCUCCUCCGUAAUAACACAGCCGCAACAAGCUACAUGAAGAUAGGUGAGCAAGCCGCGAUGCAGCGAUAUGCAACUCAAUUGCAAACUCUCCGUGUGGCCGCGAACAACGAAUACGAGCUUCGCGGGCCGUUCCCCUUCCAGGAAUACGGACGGAUCAUGGCGUCAACGCAACGUGCACUGGACGCGUUCCACGCUAUGAGUCUCGUAACGCAGAAGCACGGCCGGCUGAGCGCGGGCGAGAAAGCGCUAUUGUACUAUACGGCAGAGGAGAGGGCGCAGCUGUGCGCACGCAUCUGCCACGUGUUCCAGGUGCUCGCGUCAAGCAUCAUGCUCGAGUAUCCGCUCACGGACGCCAUCCCUAGUGUUAUGGUCAUUCGGGAUAAGCUCCUCGGCAAGAUCUUCCGCUUCAGAAAGGAACACAGCCACCCCCAUCACGACGAAGGGACGGAAGAUGGAGGCAAAGCACCAGCGAACGGGCACGCAGACACGGACACAAGUACUGAAGCGGACGCCGGCAAAGCUAAGACUCCGAAGUUGGGCGACGUCGUGGUAGAAGAACCAGAUUACGCGCUCCUGUAUGCGUACGCCCUAGUUACCGGCCAGUUGGCAAAGGAGCUGAAGGUUGUGGAGGAAGAAAUUGAGAACUUGUUUGGACGGCUUGAUGAAGAUGCCCUGCUGUUGCAGUAACGAACGGAAGUGACUGUGCUGGGUUGAAGUUCAAAACUGUAGGUCUACGUGAACCAUGUCUCUUUCUUGUGCCUCGAGGGUUGUAGGCAGUGUCUGUGAGAGAGAAGGUUAUAUAAAUUAUAAAGCAUCGAUAAACAGGUCGUGCGACCCAAAGGUUUGUCUGUUCGUUUUAAUUACGAUUAACAUGACCCAAAAUGGGAAUCGGGAUGUCUUGCUAGGAGUUGGGGUUCUUGUUGCAACGAAUAGAUACACGACGUAUAAAUAUAUGCAUACAUUGGGUUUAUCGAUACAUUUAGUUGAUUAUUUAUUAUGAUGAUGAGUGAGUUAC